GUGAUCUCACAGCUUCUUCUUCCUCUGGGAUACGCAAAUCUCGCUCUGUUUAUCCCAUUGAUCUGAAGAAGAAGACUACGAGGACCAAUAUCCUCUCGUCUUCCUUCUACUCUGCUUCCUGAGAUCUCCGGCGAACGAACUCGUCGGCGAUGGCGGCUGAAAAGGCGGCGAUCAGCCUCGAAGAGAUUAAAAACGAGGCCGUUGAUCUGGAACGUAUUCCAAUUGAUGAAGUGUUUGAGCAAUUGAAAUGCACCAAGGAAGGACUGUCCUCGCAGGAAGGAGCCAAUCGGCUUCAAAUAUUUGGACCCAACAAGCUCGAGGAGAAAAAGGAAAGCAAACUACUCAAGUUCCUCGGGUUUAUGUGGAAUCCCCUAUCAUGGGUCAUGGAAGCUGCAGCUAUAAUGGCAAUUGCGCUUGCAAAUGGUGAUGGGAGGCCACCGGAUUGGCAAGACUUUGUGGGUAUUAUUGCAUUGUUGUUGAUCAAUUCCACCAUCAGUUUUAUUGAAGAAAACAACGCUGGAAAUGCUGCUGCGGCUCUCAUGGCAGGCCUUGCUCCUAAAACAAAGGUUCUCAGAGAUGGUAAGUGGUGCGAGGAAGAGGCUGCAAUUCUAGUACCGGGGGAUAUCAUAAGCGUCAAGCUAGGUGAUAUCAUUCCUGCAGAUGCUCGUCUUCUUGAGGGUGAUCCUUUGAAGGUAGAUCAAUCUGCUCUUACUGGUGAAUCCCUCCCUGUCACCAAAAAUCCUGGGGAUGAAGUUUUCUCAGGAUCUACUUGUAAACAAGGUGAAAUUGAGGCUGUUGUUAUAGCAACUGGGGUCCACACAUUCUUUGGGAAGGCAGCUCACCUUGUGGACAGCACCAAUCAAGUUGGACACUUCCAGAAGGUUCUCACAGCAAUUGGGAACUUUUGCAUUUGUUCUAUCGCAGUUGGUAUGGUAGCUGAGCUCAUUGUGAUGUACCCAAUUCAGCAUCGCAAGUACAGGGAUGGAAUUGACAACCUAUUGGUCCUCUUGAUCGGAGGAAUCCCCAUUGCCAUGCCUACUGUGUUGUCCGUCACAAUGGCCAUUGGUUCUCACAAGCUCUCACAGCAAGGUGCUAUCACCAAGCGCAUGACUGCCAUUGAGGAGAUGGCUGGUAUGGAUGUUUUAUGCAGUGACAAGACAGGGACGCUCACUCUUAACAAGCUUAGUGUUGACAAGAACUUGGUUGAGGUCUUUGCAAAAGGUGUGGAAAAAGAUCAUGUUCUCCUCCUUGCUGCGAGGGCUUCUAGAAUUGAAAAUCAAGAUGCCAUAGAUGCAGCCAUGGUUGGAAUGCUUGCUGAUCCAAAAGAGGCACGAGCUGGAAUUAGAGAAGUCCACUUCUUACCAUUCAAUCCUGUGGACAAGAGAACUGCUUUGACUUACAUUGAUUCUGAUGGAAAGUGGCACAGGGCAAGCAAAGGUGCUCCUGAGCAGAUCAUGGACUUGUGUAACCUCAGGGAAGAUGCAAAAAAGAGGGUCCAUGCUAUCAUUGACAAGUUUGCAGAAAGAGGGCUUCGUUCACUUGCCGUUGCCAGACAGGAAGUGCCUGAGAGAACCAAAGAAAGUCCUGGUGGUCCAUGGCAGUUUGUUGGCUUGUUGCCACUAUUUGAUCCCCCAAGACAUGACAGUGCUGAGACCAUCCGAAGAGCUCUUAAUCUUGGAGUAAAUGUCAAAAUGAUUACUGGUGAUCAACUUGCCAUAGCCAAGGAGACUGGUAGGAGGCUUGGGAUGGGAACAAAUAUGUAUCCAUCUGCUUCCUUGCUCGGUCAAGACAAAGAUGCAAAUAUGAGUGCACUUCCUGUAGAAGAGCUGAUUGAGAAGGCUGAUGGAUUUGCCGGAGUAUUUCCUGAGCACAAAUAUGAAAUUGUGAAGAAGUUGCAAGAAAGGAAGCACAUUUGUGGAAUGACUGGUGAUGGUGUCAAUGAUGCACCUGCUUUGAAGAAGGCUGAUAUUGGAAUUGCUGUUGCCGAUGCUACUGAUGCUGCAAGAAGUGCUUCUGACAUUGUCUUAACAGAACCUGGAUUGAGUGUUAUUAUCAGUGCUGUCUUAACAAGCAGAGCUAUUUUCCAAAGAAUGAAAAACUACACUAUCUAUGCAGUUUCUAUCACUAUCCGUAUAGUGUUUGGCUUCAUGUUUAUUGCACUGAUUUGGAAAUUCGACUUCUCUCCAUUCAUGGUUUUGAUUAUAGCCAUUCUUAAUGAUGGAACAAUCAUGACUAUUUCAAAGGACAGAGUGAAGCCGUCUCCCACGCCUGAUAGCUGGAAACUCAGAGAAAUAUUUGCUACUGGAAUUGCUCUUGGAGGCUACUUGGCAUUGAUGACUGUCAUAUUCUUCUGGGCAAUGAAAGAAACUACAUUCUUCCCCGACAAAUUUGGAGUCAGACACAUUCAUGAUAGUCCUCAUGAAAUGACAUCGGCUUUGUAUCUUCAAGUCAGUAUAGUGAGCCAGGCUUUAAUCUUUGUGACCCGUUCUCGCAGCUGGUCCUAUGCCGAACGCCCUGGAUACCUGUUAGUAAUUGCAUUCAUUAUCGCUCAGCUGAUUGCAACAGUAAUUGCAGUAUAUGCAAACUGGGGCUUUGCAAGAGUACAUGGAAUUGGUUGGGGUUGGGCUGGAGUUAUCUGGCUCUAUAGUGUUGUCUUCUAUGUUCCACUUGACUUGAUGAAGUUUGCUAUCCGCUACAUCUUAAGUGGCAAGGCUUGGGUAAAUAUGCUAGAAAACAAGACUGCCUUCACUACCAAGAAAGACUACGGAAAGGAGGAGAGGGAAGCUCAAUGGGCUCUUGCUCAGAGGACCCUCCAUGGGCUUCAACCACCAGAAGCUUCUAGCAGUUUCAAUGACAAGAACAGCUACAGAGAACUGUCUGAGAUUGCUGAGCAGGCCAAGAGACGAGCUGAAGUUGCAAGGCUUCGUGAGCUACUCACACUUAAGGGACACGUUGAGUCAGUGGUGAAGCUGAAAGGUUUGGACAUAGAAACAAUUCAGCAACACUACACAGUGUGAGAAACAAGUAAUAAAUAUUUUGUUUUUUGUUUUUAGCAGAAUGGCCGCAAAAACAAUAUAAUUUCUUGAAACAAGAGACUUAGAGAAGGCCUAGCUAGCUAUUUUAUGCCUUGUUUUUAUAAGGGAGAGAAAAUCUUGUGCCAUAGUUCUCCUUUUUUUUUUAAUUUUGUUUUAUUUUUCUUUUUUUUUCCUCAUGUAUUUCUGAGCUCUGGGGAAUAAUAUUGCCUUUGCCUA